GGUUUCUAGUUGAGCAGAAAUAUUUGUAUACCCGGUUCCGGUUAUAUUUUUGUUUAUGUUUAUGUAAUGCAAUCAUUUAUGAGCAUUAAAUCACCUUUAAUUCAGCAAGAAAAUUAUGAUCAUUUAAUCAGUCUAGAACGAUCAGUUUAAUUUUAUUGUUUUUAAACUGUUUUAUUAAAGUGCCUGGUUUGAUUAUAAAAUGUAGGAAAUUGAAUUCAUCACCAAGAGUUAUCUUAAACGUGCAAAUUCAUAACCCUUCAUUCGCCUAUUAAUUUUUCUCUAGCUGUCUAAGAUUUCUUAUUUGUGGAAAAGCAGAUAAACAAAAAUGUCAGAGCUACCACCUCCUGGAAAACAUCCUGAUCUUAGUGGCUUGCCUAGAGGUGCAAUUAGUAUUAGAGGCCUUCCUUUAGGUAGAAAUACAAGAUUACCAUCAAUCCGAAGUCCCAGAGAUUUAACUCUAGGAGCUCAACCUAAAAGAGUUUUUACACCUAACAUCCCCGUCCGGCGUGAAAAAAAAUCUGUUGAGUCAGAACCGGAAAAAUCCCAAACUUCCACAAGUAAGAGUAAAGAACCUAAGCAGAAACCUUCAUUCAGUCCUAAAUGGCAAAAGAAGGAACGAACCAUAAUUCAGACUGAAGGAUCUCUUUUUGGAGAAGGGAUUGCUGCAAGUCCAUCCAAAAAUGAGCGACCAAGGGAAGCCGUACCAAAGUUCACAUCUAAGAGACCUGCAGUGAAGAAGGAAUUUGAUAUGUCUGAGAUGAAAAGUGACUUAAAUGGGAUUCUUAGGGAUGAUUUUAUUGAUGAUGAUGAUGAAUACGAUGAAGAUGAUGAUGUCAAACCUAUUAUAUAUCCUUGCCACCUUGAUGCAGAAAAAAUUAAGAAAGAGAUUCCUCCAAAAAAGAAAUUUGAAGAUGAAGAAUUUGCCAAAGGAUUAGGAUUUGAUGUUGAAAGAAUUGCAAAAUUUAUUAAAAAAGAAAAAUGUGCUGAUGCUGCCAUUAAACAGGAUGAAGUGAACAUGGAUCUGGAAUCUGACAAUGAAAUUUAUAAUUUAAUUAAACAAGACAAACAUCAGUUAUUCCUGUUGCAGUUUCCAAAAUUUUUUGCUGUUGAGCAAGCAGAAGAUCAGCAAAAAGAUUCUUUGCCAGAACAGAAAAAAGUAAACUUUGGUUUUCUAUUCCAUGCCAGUGUGCAAAAUUGAAAAAUUGAACUCGUAA